AUGAUUAGCAAUUUACCCAGCGAACGGAGAAAGAGUGUUAGAUAUUUGCUAAAUGAAUAUUAUAACGUAGAAAAUGAAAGUAAUGAAGCUGUAACCGAUGGGCAUGCUGUAACCGAUGGGCAUGUUGUGAAUGUUGUGAAUGAAAGAGACGGAACGGGUUGCCUUAAUUUUGAUAGUGUUGACACACUGAACGAAAUGGAUGAACUAAAUAAAAAGAGUAGCGAAUUUAAUGGAGAUAUAUAUUUUCGUAAAUUGUUAGAAAAUAGUAGUCUUGAUGAUUUAAUAAAUAGAUCCAAAAGAAUUGAAAAAGAAAUAAAACAGAAUGAGAAUUGUAUACAAUCUAUUGUAUAUGAAAACUAUAAUAAAUUUAUAUAUGCAGAAGAUAUAGUAGUUUUAUUAAAAAAUGAUUUUAAAAAUGUAAAAGAAAAAAUAAAUUUAAUAAAUAAACAUAUAGAUUAUAUAGAUACUAGUUUUAAAAAAACAAAUCAAAAUAUAUCAACUGAAAUUGAGCAAGUAGAAAAUAUAAUUCAAAUAAAAAAAUUAUUAAAAAAUAUACAUAUUAUUAUGCAAACACCCAAAGAAAUGUUUUUUUUAAUUCUUGAGAAAAGGUAUAUUAAGGCAAUAAAAUUAUUUAUUGGAAUUAUUCCAUUUUUAUAUCAAAAUAGAAAUAUUAUUCCAUUUUUUUGUCUAUAUAUUGAUUGUAACAAUUUGGCAAAUAUUGCAUGUUCUUUAUAUUUCAAGUUUCUUCAAAAUAGUAUCCCAAACAUGAUAUAUAAAAAUGUUAAAGAAAAUAAGACAAUUUGUAAUAUAACCUUUUUUAGAGAAGAUUUAAAAAAUUCAUUUCAAAAAUUGUGUUCAAAUAUUAUAUCCAAUAAUGAAUUAGGAUCUUGUUUUGAUGUUAUUCUUUCUUUUCGAAACGAUGAAAAGAUUAUGAGAAAUUUGUUUAUUCAAAAUCGAAUAAUUGCCUUGAACUAUUUAUUAUGUAAUAUAUUUAGCUUGGGAAAGUACCCCGGUGGGAAAGGCAAUACGAACGGGAAAAGCGAUACCGAUGGGAACGAUAAUAAUGACGAUGUCGGUGGGAACGAUAAUAAUGACGAUGUCGGUGGGAACGAUAAUAAUGACGAUGUCGGUGGGAACGAUAAUAAUGACGAUGUCGGUGGGAACGAUAAUAAUGACGAUGUCGGUGGGAACGAUAAUAAUGACGAUGUCGGUGGGAACGAUAAUAAUGACGAUGUCGGUGCAAAAGGCGUACACACUGAUGCUAUGUCUGAACAAUCUAAACUAAAUUUGGAAACAUUUGAAAGCAUGAUCGAAUUAUUAUAUGAACAUUUAUUACCUUUUUUUUUUGAAAUUGUAGAUAAUUAUGAAAUAAUUUUUAUAAAAAAUGAGAACAAAGAAUUUAGACAUUCGAUUUAUUAUACAAAUAAAUUAAUAUCCGAAUUAAAUGAGCAAGUGAAAAAAAAAAAAAAAAAAAAAAAAAAAAAAAAUGAUGAGAAUACAAUAUUAAUGGAUGAAAAUAUAUAUGAUGAAUUAAAAGAUAUGUGGAAUGUUAAUUGUGAUAAAGAACUUAUUAUAAUUUUAGCAAAAGGUUUUUUUCGAAAUUUAUUGAAUUUAAAAAUAGAUUUAUUAUAUUUAUAUAAUCCAUCUAUAGAAAUAGUUGUAUUUUAUUUAAAAAAAUUAAUAAAUAAUGUAUAUGAAAAAGAAAAAGAAAUGAAAAUUCAAGAAAAAAAAUUGUCUGAUAUUUUAUCACCUAUUUUAAAUAGUUAUAUAAAAAAAUUGUUAUAUACAAUUAUGAAACAUCAGUUUUAUAAAUUAUGUUAUAAAAAUAAUUUAAAUUUUAUUAAUUUUUAUAAUAUGUGUAAUAAUAAUGAUAUUUAUUUUAUAGUUCAAAAUAAAAAUGAAUUACAUCAUAAUAUUUUGUUAAAUCUUUGUUUGGAAGUUAUAGAUUUGAAAAUACUUUAUGACGAAAUAAAAGAAAUCUAUUUUGAUUUUUUUAUAAAAAAUAUCGUAAAUUUUGUGACAAUUUAUUUUAUUUUUCUAAGCAAUUUUUUAAGCUCUUUUAUUAGGCACUUCGCAUGUGCAUAUGAUCGAAUAAAGGAUGGUGAAAGUGGGAACGCAAAUAAAAACGAAGAGAAUGGUGAAGAGGGUGAUGAAGAGAAUGAUGAAGAUGGUGAUGAAGAGGGUGACGAAAACGAAUUAGAAUUUAUUUACAAGCAUGGUUCAUUUGAAUAUAAUAAUAUAUAUAAUGUUAAUUGUGAGUUGGAUGAAGUAGAAAAUAGCGAAAAUGGAGAAAGCGUAAAAAAUGGGGAAAAAAAAAUGAGUACAUAUAAACAAUUGUCUAACUAUUUUUAUAAUUCUAUAUAUAUGAAUAAUAGAGAAAUUCAAAAUAUUUUAAAAAAAUUAAAAACCGAAUUAAAUAUAGAUUAUAAAGAAUUUAUUACUAAAAUAAUAGAUGAAAAUGUAUCUAAGUUAAAAAAAAAAAAAAAAAAAAAUGAAAUAUAUUUUUUAUUAGCUUUAAUAUCUAUAUUUAAUAAUUUUAAAAAGGAAGGUAUUUCAAAGAUAUUUACAAUUUUAUUGAACAUAUAUAGUACAUCUAAUAAUUUGGUUAAAGGAAAUAAAAAAUUAUAUUUUUGUGAUGAUUUAGAAUCGAUUUUUUACAAAGAUAUCUAUCCAUUUAAUUUAAAAAUUGGAAAAAAACAAAAUUGGAAAAAUAUGAAUUCGAAUAGUAAUUUAGAUAAUAAUGACGACCUCACAGUUUUAGACAAUUCUGUUGGUAAUAAUCAUCAAAAAAGGGGGAAUCACCAAAAAAGGGGGAAUCACCAAAAAAGGGGGAAUCACCAAAAAAGGGAAAAUUGCCAAAAAAGGGAAAAUUGCCAAAAAAGGGAAAAUUACCAAAAAAGGGAGAAUUACCAAACGGUUUUAGAUACAAAAUACGUUUUGAAAUAUGGAAAUGAUUUAGAGAAAAUAGAGAACAAGAGUUUGGAUAAAAAUCGAGAACAAAGAUUUGAUGAUGAAAAAAUGGAAAAUAAUUAUGAACAGGUUGAAAAUAAUUCUGAACAGGUUGAAAAUAAUUCUGAACAGGUUGAAAAUAAUUAUGAACAGGUUGAAAAUAAUUAUGAACGGGUUGAAAAUAAUUAUGAACAGGUUGAAAAUAAUUAUGAACAGGUUGAAAAUAAUUAUGAACAGGUUGAAAAUAAUUCUGAACAGGUUGAAAAUAAUUAUGAACAGGUUGAAAAUAAUUCUGAACAGGUUGAAAAUAAUUCUGAACAGGUUGAAAAUAAUUCUGAACAGGUUGAAAAUAAUUCUGAACAGGUUGAAAAUAAUUCUGAACAGAUUGAAAAUAAAGAUAACGAAAGUGAUUGGAGUGAAGAUACAAAUGAUUUUAGUGAAAAUGAGAAAAUAAAAAAAGAAAAAUGGACAAAAAGUAUAAAAAAAUUUAGUAAAAAUAUUUUUCAAAAUAAAUGUAAUGAACUUGUGAAUAUAUAUAUAUUUUAUUAUGUAAAUAAAAUGUCUAAUAAUAUUGAAUUGUGUUUGGAAAAAUGGGGAAAAAAUAUAGAAGAAAAUAAUAAUAUGGUUAGUUCAAGUUUUUUGUAUAUUUUAAAAAAUGUGAAUGAUAUAUAUUUUACUUUAAAUUUAAUUUUUGGAAAUAAUAAAACAAAAGAUAUAAAUAAAUAUACAUAUUUUGAGGAAAUGUGUAAAAAAAUAAAAAAAGAAAUAAACAAAAUAAUGAUUAAAGAGGAAAAUUCGAACAAUGCAAUUGAUAAUGAUAGUAACAAUUAUAAAAAUAUAUUAUCACAAAAUAUAGAACAGUCAAAUGAAAUAAAUAUAAAAGAAAAUAAAAAUUUAGAAAUGUAUAUAUAUAAAUUAUAUAUAUCAAAAAUGAAAAAUUAUAAAAAAAAUAUAAAACUUGAAACUAAACAAAUUAUAUUUAUUAUUAUAAAAAUAUUAUUUAAGAAUUAUAUGGAAUUUAUUAGAAAUAUGCAUAUAAAUGAAUAUAUAUUAAAAAAUUUAAAAAUAGAUUUUAUAUUUUAUUUUUAUUUUUUAAAAUAUUAUAUAUCUAAAGAUGAUGAAAAUUUAUUAUUUGUCAUUCUCAAUGAUGUUUUAAUUAGUGCAAUUGAAAGGCUAGGCAAACAAGUUGUUAGCUAUAAUAAUACAAAUGUUUAUCCGACAUAUUUAUUGGAUAUUUGUUAUUAUAAAAUAGACAAAACUGUUGAAUUAAUUCAAAAUAAAAUUGUAAUGAAAUGA